GUGAGCAGAGCUGAACGCUGUUUUCCUCCAGCGCUCUCUCCCUCCCUCCGUUGUUUACGUUUAUCCAACAACAUGGAGGACGAGGUGGAUGUUGAUAUUGAAGGAGACGAGUUUGAAAGCAGUGCUAGCGAGCCGAAUGGAGGAGGUUUAGUCCAGGAGCAGUUCAUACAGUCUGCGUGGAAGAGCAGCGCAGGGAUACUGCCAUGGGAGCUGGACAGCUCCAUCAGCCCAGAGAACAGGGAGGUGAUCGAGAGGAUGCUGCUGGAGGAACAAUACUACCUGACAGGUGAGGGGAUUCCUGACAACAUUUGGGAAAGUGAUGUGAACAACGAGCCCAAAGUGAAGAAGUCUCCGGCCAAGACGUCGGCCUCUGCCUCAGGCUCCUCUUAUCGUUGGUCCAAACAGGAGAAAGAACUGUUUGAGGAAGGACUGGCUCAGUUUGGUCGAAGGUGGACUAAGAUUGCCAAGUUGGUGGGGAGCCGUUCUGUCAUUCAGGUCAAGAGCUAUGCCAGGCAGUAUUUUAAACACAAGGCUAAAUCAGAACCCAGAGCUGCAGCUCCCUCUGCAGGCCCUGCGCUGCACUUACAACCACCUCAGCCCACCUCCAGUCGUGCAUCCUCUCUGACAAACGCUGUCCGCAUAGAGAAGCUUUCCGAUGACGAGAACGAGGAGGUAGACAUCACAGAUGACCUCAGCGACGACGGAGACGGUGAUGACGAGCCGCAGGCUGUUCUGAAGACUGAGAUUUGGGAGCCAGAGCAGCUAGCAGGCCCUGAGGUCCAGACAGACACGGAGGAACAGAAAGAGGCAGGUCUGACUGAGACAAGGGACCAGCCCAGCCACACCUCGCCGUUUCCACAAAGUCCCCGAACCUCAUUGGCCCUACCUUCCUUAGAGAAGACCAGUGUGACCGGGCUGGGCGAGAAAAGCAACGAGAGAGUAUCAGUCCCUCAUAAAGACCUUCCAGCAUGGGCUCAGACGGACUCGGAGCAAAUGGCCGAUGAGAACGAAGACCAGAGCUCCCAGUCUGAUAGCUCAGCACAGACUGGUCCACUGGACGAGGCCUGUAGCGAUGGCACAGAUACUGCUGAUAAGACUGAGCAGAGUGCAGCUGAUAGACCAGAAGAAGACCAGGAGGAGGAAGAGGAAGAUGAUGAGGAGGAGGAGGAAGAAGAAGAAGAAGAGGAGGAGCUUAAGCCCCCUGAACAGGAAAUAGAGAUGGACAUGGAGACCACCACUGAGGAUGAGAAACAAGCUAUCCCAGAGUUCUUUGAGGGACGACCAUCCAAGACUCCUGAAAGAUACCUUAGGAUCCGAAACUACAUCCUGGAUCAAUGGAUGAAGAGCAAGCCCAAGUACCUGAACAAGACGUCAGUCCGCCCUGGACUGAAGAACUGCGGAGACGUCAACUGCAUUGGGAGGAUUCACACCUACCUGGAGCUCAUUGGAGCCAUCAACUUCAACUGCGAGCAAGCGGUCUACAAUCGCCCAAAGGUGAUGGACCGCUCCAAGCACAAGGAGGGCAAAGAUGUGCUUGAGGCCUACCAGCUCGCCCAGAGACUGCAGAGUAUGCGGACCAGGAAGCGGCGCGUGCGGGACAUAUGGGGAAACUGGCGUGACUCUAAAGAUUUGGAGGGACAGACGUAUGAGCAUCUCAGUGCUGAGGAGCUGGCUCUGCGGAGAGAAGAGAUGAAGAAGCAGCCGAAACCCUGCAAGAUCUCCAGAUUCAGGGGGUCUUUUGAUCCAUUCCAGUUGAUUCCCUGCAGGUCUUUUGGAGAGGAUGUACAGGAACCAUUCCAGGUUAUUGUGUGUGCAGAGACUCUUCUCAUAAUGGACAUGGUAUGCCAAACACACAACCACACACGCUGAAUGUAUUUUCCCUUAGGUAGCACACACGUUACGAGUUAUUCGAGUUAUGUUUUCAGUGUGUGAUUAUGUUGUUAAUUCACUGAUCUGUAAGGCAGGCCAAUCAA